GCAGCUGACAAUAGUUUGUUUUUGUUUACAUUCGUUACUGUUUUUGGUUGAGUUUUUUGCCGGUUUUAGCUAAAAGUUUGUGAAAAAUGGAUGAUUUUAAGCAGAUAAUUAAUAAACCAAGUGUUUUAGCAACCGCUGGUGCAAUUCAAAAGUCCAUUAAAACAGUUAACGACAAGAAAUCAAAAUCCAGUGCAAAAACCAACGAGAUUGAGCUGCUGAAAAGUUUGGUGAAAUCGGACAACCCGCGAACGGCGCAAUUGGCAGUGCAGGCCUUGGUUCAACUGGUCAACGGGGGCUCGCUGGAUCUUGGCCAAACGUUGGGGAUACUGGUAACGACAUUGGCCAAUUCAUCACCGGCACAUUUCACUGCCAUUGGGAAUGGCAUGUUUGAGCUGCUGCUGCUGGAUCUCAGGCGCCGUUGCUCCGUUCUGGGUGAUGGCCAACAGUACGUGUGCCAGUUUGAUCUGAAGCCGCCGCAACAUCCGUUGAUAUUACUGCUGAGUAGCAGGGAGGUGGUAAAUCUGUUGGCUUUUAGUACCAAGGUGAACGAAAUUUGUCAUCAUCACGAUCAGUUCGUUCGGAAAAAUAGCGUCGAGUUCCUGAGACCAGUUUUCCUACACGUGUUCAACAACCCCGUAUUAUUUCCGGAAACUCAAAAAAUGUGGCGUGCCUUGCUGAAAAGUGCCUCCAACGACGAAGCAGCAGUUCAGAUGAUAUAUGAAAUUGUGUCCUGGGGUAGAACCAGUUCCAGCGAAAAGUGCCUUUACUCCAACAACUUGCUGCUGGAAGUGCUGGACUAUUUCCCGACAGAGAAACAAUUCAGCUGGUUGCGGAGGGACGUUUGCUUGCAUCUAGCGAUUGUCACCAAGGAAAUGAUCGGAUAUAACUAUGACCCAUCGGAGAAUUUUUUGAAGAUUUUCUCGGCCCUUCACGGGGACACCGAUUACGCGUCGGUUAACUACAAUAGUGUCCUGCUCAUGAUUUUGGCUGAUGCGAUGCAAACCAUUGCUCCUGCUCACGUGCUGGGGUUGAUGAGAAUUGUACGAUUUCUGCUGAAAUCCGGAUGUAAUCGUCUGAGCCAAUUUGCGAUCCUGGAUGGUGCAGUUCAACUACUGGGGCAGCAAACAUUUUUCAAUAACUAUCUCGAAGAUUGCAACUAUAUUCUGAACGGUAUUCUUGGAAACUCAUACGCAGCAGUAGUUUCCAACUCGUUUGAUAUGCGUCCAGCUGGGUACUUCCAUGCGGAUAUUGCAAAAUACAGUCAUUUCUGCAUGUGGUGGAAUGAUGUGGAAAAUGGAUUAAUUACGGUCCAUCAGUUCGUUGAAUCUCUGUCCCAGUCAUCCAGGUUCAGCGAGAAAAUAAACCUGGUUCUUAGAGGAUUAUUGCACAUGCAUGAAAUCCCCUUCGAAUGCUGGCGAAAACUUUUCGAUCAACUCGUCCACUCUUCCAAAUCAAGUGAAGAGAACUGUUCCAGACUGCUGACCCCGAUUCUGUUCCUGCUGGCCAACGACGGCAAUCCUCGGAAGCGACUCCAUCUGUUGAGAAGCCUCGCCUCAAUGGGUGCCAAAGACCAUGUACUGGGAGUGCUGAAAGCUCUGGCCAGGGAUGUAGACCGAGCGACCAGUUUGGAUUUGUACCUUCGGUUGUGGAAGGCUGAACCACGAACGUAUCCGUUUCUGUACGAUGUACUCAAGGAUACCAGCCGACGGGCGAGAGAGGACUCGUGGGAGACGACAUUUGCCCGGACGUACACGAUUCGGGAAAUUUGCUUGAUCAAACCCCAGCAGCAUGGAGCCGAUCUGGUGAACUUAUUUUCGGAAAUUCUUAGCCACCCGGAAGAUGCCAACAACGAAGCUGCUGUUGCCUUGGCCAUCGAUGCCAUUGCCAGCUUGUGCGAGAAUCACGUCGUCAACAUCGUGUCCACCUGGAAAGUACUCGGUUUUAAAUUCACCCACGAGAAACGCCCUCGGAUCAUUCGAAGUUUGUGCAGAUUCUUCGCAAACGUUCCUUCGAUUAAGGUAAACUCUCUCGAGCAGGAACGAUUGGUCAAUGAAAUCAUCCUCAAGCUGUGGCAGUUCGUUACCGAUUUUGAUGACCGUGAAGUGAUAGUGGCAGCUUUGGAAUCGUUAAAAUCGUUUGCCCCGGAUAUGAUGAACAUAUUUCAGAUACCGGAAAUAUUCCGGCAAGGAAUUCCUCUGCCCAACGAGGAUGAUGAUACGUUGGAUGCUAAGCUGAUUCCAGGCGAUUGUUGGAUUCAGUUGAUCCAUUUUGUUAACCAUUCCGCUAUCGAAGCCGCAGGAGAUUUGGUUGCUCAUCAUAUCCAUAACGAAAUGCAGACAUACCGUGGGGGUAUCUAUCUCAACCCGGAAGGGCGACCAGAACCGACUUCCUUGAGGCACCUCCCGAAAAGAAGCAUCCUUGCUGCGGUUAUUCUCCAUUUGAUCAAUCAUGGUGGAAAGCAAAGCACGUCUGACACCACCGACAUUGUUCUGUACAACCUUCUCAGGAUUGUGGCCAAAAAGUACCCCAAGCCUAUUCCACCUCUGAAUUGGUGCUUUCUACACGAUUAUUUUCACCAUUGCUACGAGGCGAAGAAAUACUGUCUCCAGAUUGCAAUCAAGCAAAUGCCCCACUCCGGAACGGCCAAACGGAUUGUGGAAAACUUCCUCAGCGAAGCGGUCGAAGCCGACAUGGAAGUGGAAGAUGUGCUAGUCGUUAUGAGCUAUUUGGAUGUGAUUACGGAAUCCGUGCAAAGCGACAUCUACAAGAGGUUUCUGCAUUUGGCGUUACAAUUUUUGCUCGAACGAUCGGAAGAAAAUGAAGCCAAUAGUGGGAGCCCGUUCGUCGAAACUGUGCCACAUCUGAGGGCGGCUGUUACGAAAAAGUCCUACCAGAAUGAGGAGAAUUUUGAGUACUUGUGUGAAGCUUUGGAGAAUUUGUUCAGCCGUUUCAUCGUCAAAACCAAGCUUUUUGAAGAAUAUCUCAAAGUUCUGAGUGUUCUUCCGUCCAAACAUUUGACAUCACUUCUGAAACCAAGCACGUGGAUCGACAAACGCAAUCAAGCCAAGCUAGAGAAGGUGAUCGUUUUGCAGUUUUCCAUUCACAAGCACAAUCCAACUGCCACUGAUCUGCACUUGUUCGGUCUGAGCGACAUUCUAAAAACCAUUGGUUCAUUCGAAACGAACGCGCGAGUUUACUUUUUGGGCUCCUUCUUCGACUUUGUACCAACGCUAGAAAAUCACAAAGCUCUCAACGGAUGGAUUAUCGAGCUGAUUGGCUAUAUCCAAUCGGAUCUAGCGGAAGCGCAAACAGCUCUAAUGAAGGAAGUUUCAUUGCUACUGGAUGUGUUUCUAAUAGCGGUGAUAAGUUUGUCAGGAUAUGGAGCGCUGUUUGGGAAACGAACCAUCGUAGAAGAUUUGGGCAAACGCCUUUCCGUUUUUCCGCCAAGUCUCAUCAUGAUAUUCCAAAUGAACAUGUGGCGAGAUAUCGAAAACAAGAUAUACGAAUUUCUCUACCACUUGUACAACCACCCGAACAUUUCGGCACCAUAUGCGGAAUGUUUCAAAAACGCUCUAUUGUGCUGCAAGGAGCAGUCAUAUCUUCAGCAACCAAAGGCGUGGCCCAAAUUCGUUUCGUUACGAAGACUGUAAGUAUACGUCAAUAAUCUUGUUUCUAUCUCUAUUCAACCGCAAAUACGAUUGUUUUAAUUUUC